GAUGAUCUAUAAAUUAAAAAGAGUACAACUCAUUUUAAAAUUAUUUUAUCCCUCUAUUCAACUGUAAGAUCCAUCCUACAAUGACUACAGUCACAUAUUUUGUAGCUGCUGUGCUGUUGUUUUGUUAUUAUACAAAUACAAACGCUUUGCUUGAAAACUAUCCUCCCCCUGAAGUUUUGGAAUAUCUGAAGCCGUACCAUACUAUAUGUACCGAAAAGAUUGGCGUCUCGGAUGAUGAAGUUAAAAACUAUAAAAUAGAAGAUAAUUCAGAAAAAAUGAUGUGUUAUAUGAGAUGUUUAGGUUUGGAAUCCAAAUGGCUUACUCCUGAUAACAAACUUCAAAUCGAUUACAUUAUGGAAACACGUCUUGAUUCUAUAGCGGAUUUGGUAAAAAAUAUUGUGGAUAAUUGUAAAGACGUUCCUGCGAUGGUUUUUGCCUUGAUAUUGCACACCCUAUUCAUAUUUUUUGGAUGGAAAAAUACAUGACAAUGAAUGCUACGGACCCUACUUAUGAUUAUUAUAUUGUAUUACGUACAUAAACAGUAUAAAUUAGAAUUAGUUUUGUAGUUAUAAGUAACGCAAAUGUGUGUUGUACU